AAACAGACCAGUGCUGAUGUUGAUAGACAAUUUUCAUUGCGUUCAUGGUACUGCUAUUGAAUUACAAUAGUGAAGUACAUGCACAAAUCAAUUUCGCAAACCGGUUUUGUUAAUUCCUCGCAUUACAUGCACAAAUUACGAAUCAACUCAGUGGACACUGUGUAACUGUAUUUAUUAAUCAACUACUAGAAUUCAAUAUAACCGUCUGAUUGUAUAUCUGUUGUAAAGAUAUUCCGGAUGUAUAGCACGGACGAUAAACGUAAUCUCUGCCAAGAGGAAGCAGAUUCUAGAACCACUGAUCUGUCACAACAGCAUGCGUCCUACCCUCGAGCACCACAAUACCAGUAUGGCACCCAGGCUCCUCCUCAUGAUCAACAGACCUACUGCUACCCAACACAACCUGUUGCUCCUCCACCAAGUGUGCUUCCUUACGACCUCGAUCAGGUGAUGGUAGUCCCGUUCGUACCUCGAAAUAGGGGUGUGUACUCUCCCAAAUCACUUACCCUGGCAGUCAUCCUCUGCAUCCCAAUCCUUGGUCUGUUCGGAGCGCAUCACUUCUACCUUAACAACAUGCUGCUUGGUGGUCUCUACUGCAGUACCAUGGGUAUCUUUGGUAUCGGAUGGGUUGUGGAUUGGUUCAGGAUCCCGUGGCUCGUUAAGAGGUGCAACCAAGAUAUGAAGGAGGCGCACGAGAAGGGCCAUUGGCUGUUCUCUAUCAACAGAUUCAUUGGUCCUCUUACGAAGAUCUCCUUGAUCGAUGCAUACCUCAUGUGGCUGCCCCCUAUGGGCUUAUUUGGAAUUCAUCACUUCUAUCUUGGACGCACCCGUUAUGCCGUGUUCCAAACCUUUACCUUUGGCUUGAAUGUGAUUGGAUGGACUGUUGAUCUGUUUCGGAUGCCGUGGCUAGUCCGCAAGGCCAACGAGGAUGUUACCAAGAUGAAAGCUGGCACCAAGGUCGAAGACCCGUCAUACUCACUCAUGGAUGCCUAUCUUAUGGCUGUUCCUCUAGGGCUGUUCGGAUUUCACCAUUUCUACCUUGGUAACACCAGGCGAGGUAUCCUCUUCCUCUGCACGUUUGGAGUCUUUGGUCUGGGAUGGCUAGCAGACCUGUUCCAAAUGCCACUGAUCGUCUCUGAAGCGAACAAGGAAAGGCAGCUCCGGGAACGACUGAAUGGAGCACUCACCCAUCAGCAAAAUCAAGCGUCCGCAACGACUGUGGUUGUCGUACCUGCUGGAGAUAGAUACCAAGCCACAGCCGGUUACCUCAUUGAGCAACCUCCAGCUUACUCAGCCCGAGAUACAACCGAAUAUAUCGCCGGACCAAAAUAAUCACGAUCUUGCUGUACAAAACGUGCAAUUACCACCACAAAAUUGCUACAACUCGAUGGCUGGAUCCGAAAAAGGAGACAAAUUUUCUCAAAAUAAAUUAGACCCUGUAUUCUAUUUAUACGCAAACAACAUCGCUUGCGUUCAUAAUUAAUUGUUAAAUCAUUGUAUCUAAGAAAAGUGGUUUCCACGUUCUUGUGACUUUAUGCUAUUAACAUUUAAGUCAAUAGGCUGAUUUAUAAAGCUAGUGCAGUGGUGAAUAACAAACUAUGUCUGCCUUCCUCUUCAUUUGUCAUUCCUCGUCGAGUUAGACUGAAUGAGGACAUAGGUGACUUCGGUGCAUCAUUUGAUCACGAUAUGUGAACUGAAAAUGUUAUAAGCCAGUUUUGAUUGUGAAGUACCAUUUUUUGCAGCUAUCGGCGUCCAUAUUCCUUUUGGAAAUCAACAGAAAUAUGUUUGCUUUACAUCAGCAAUGAAUCCAACACCCGACAUGAUAUUAAUUCACUGUCAUGAUAUCUAUGUUGAGUUUAAUGGAUUUGUAUGUAUAUUCUAUUUCUUUAUGCGUGUUCUAUAUUUUUUUUUUACAUUUGCAAACCAGAGAAAUACAGAGAUCAAUGUAUCAAUCUAUAAUUUACUGGACCUCGAGAAGAAGGUGGAAUCAAAGGGGAAUUCAAAAACCAGUCAUGUGUAGAUCAAACCAUCACAAACACAAACAAUGCCAUAAUGGAUCUCUACCUGUGAAAAAACUUCUUUUGGGGGGGGGGGGUGCAGUCUUUCAUACGUAAUUACGUAUCUAAACAAUGACAGAAUGAGCUAGCAUGUUGUAAAGCUGCGAGCUUCUUCAAAUUGAAUUAUGUCGCCUGGCGAAAGUUUACAGACAGAGGUAUAUCGUUAAAGUAGACGGUAGGUUGUACUUCUUUUUAAAAUUAGACCAUGGACUUAUGACAUUAUUUUACUUCAUUUUUGUUAAGAAUUGUCAAAUGUAUGGAUGUGUGAUCACAACAUUUGUACGUUCAAAUCAAACUUUGUAAUUAUGGGUAAUUUGAUUUGAUAUUGCUUUUUAAUUUAUGAUCAUGAAUGUUAUAUUUUACUUUGUUCAAUUUUGUUUUAUGAGAGAAGAAAAUAAAAGAUUAUAAAAAAAACGUAGGAUGCGACUUUUUGAAAGGACAGAAAAUUUGUGUAGUAUCAACAACAUCAGCUGGGGCACUAGUCCAGACUGAUCAUGACUUGCGUGCGCAUGUGUGUGUUUGGUUAUAUGUAUAUUAUUAUGUGCGUGUCACGAAAUAUUAUUAUUAUCAAUGCUGCUAUUCUUCAGUCACGUAUAGAUUUGUUUUGUUGUUUUUAUAUAUUUUGUAACUUUUGUUUUACGGACUUGCUGAAAACUACCUUGUCUGCUGAUAACAAGUUUUUUUUAAAUCGUAUUGAAAUAUAUAAACAAACAAACAAAAUCUGUAACAUUAGGAAAAGAUCUGUGACUUCUGUCGAAUGGAUAUUUUAGAUGGAUACAAUGUUUUAUAUUUGAAGGGUCGACGAAAUACUUUAAAAAUCCAAUAUUUUUUUUUGUAAAUUACAUGAUGUAUAGACGCCUGUAUAUUGCCAUGGUUUUUAUCAUUGUACUAUUAUCAUUGAAAGAAUACAUUUCGUGAAUAAAUGUGAAUAAA